AUGGAAAUCCACGAGCUGAUAAUCGAUGAACGACACGCUCCCAAACAGUUCCCCUGCGACUGGCCUGAUUGCAAUAAGAAAUUCAAUCGGAAGUCCGAUCUCCAGAGGCACCAUCGAAUCCACACGAAUACACGUCCCUAUGCUUGCACUUUUGCUGGAUGUAAGAAGAGCUUUAUCCAGCGAAGUGCCCUUACAGUUCAUAUUCGUACACACACCGGCGAAAAACCCCAUCAGUGUGAAUUCAUCGGCUGUGGUAAAUGUUUUUCUGACUCGUCAAGUCUUGCCCGCCACAGGAGGAUACACACCGGGCGGCGUCCGUAUCUUUGCGGUGUAAACAGAUGUGGCAAGAGCUUCUGUCGGAAGACUACCCUCAUCAAACACGCCCGCCGUGCCCAUGGCAUUGGCCAAAACCUUGAUGUUUCCGAUGAUGACUCCGAGAACGAUGAUUCAACUACCACGGAGCGGUCCCAUCCCAAGCCUGUUUCGCAGGCUCGCGCUGAAGUCAUACGAAACCACGGGCCUGAGAGCGUUCUCCAAAACCAAGGUCGUCACCUUAGCCUUUUCCGGCCGGAGCUCUCUCUUCCUUCUAGCCCGCGUUCUAAUUCCAAUACCAUCGGAUUCGGCGACACAUAUGGCAGCGCUAGUGCCGUAUACCACCCGCAGAAUCUGGUUUCAGACCAUCCAAUGACACCAACAAGCCCUUAUUGCUUCCAAGAAACACCACCACAUGCACAUGUACCACCAUUUCCGAAUUUGCCUCGUACCUGUGCCGAAGAUUUCAUACCUACGGGUACAGGGUUGCCCCAACACCCUCAGAACCCCCAAUAUAACCCCAAUCUUCGCAUUAUUUGCAGCAGUAGUCCCACGCAGCAAGCUUUGGCUGCUGGCCAUUGUGUUGGAAGUCCGGGAGAACUCUCAAAUUGUUCAACCGCCACAAGCGGUGCUUCAGUAGACUACUUUUACCGUAAUCCAUCCACGGUUGAUGGGGUGGGAAAUGUCACACUUUUUAUGCAGCAAUCCGCUGCUUCGGAUCAUAUAUCCCAUCAAGUACAGGACCAGGGCAUCGCGGAAAUGCCGAUUGCCGUGAUGUCACAGCAGCAACAUCAACACCACCCACAACAACCAGGAGCAGCCAUCUGGUAUGGCUACUCACAAUUCGACCAGCCACAGUUUCAUAGCGGCAGCGAGCAACGAUUGUUUUAUGAAAAUGGCAAUAUGGAAAACAUAACACCAGUCAAAGCUACUACUUCCGAGGUUGUCCUACAUCCGCUUUUAACCCCGAGGGCAUCUCUAUGCUGA